AUGACUUCCGUCGUCGGUGUCGAUUUCGGAACACUCAAGACGGUGAUUGCUGUCGCGAGAAAUCGCGGCGUCGAUGUGAUCACCAAUGAAGUGUCCAACCGAGCAACCCCAUCUCUAGUAGGAUUCGGCCCCAAAUCACGCUACCUCGGUGAGGCCGCCAAGACCCAGGAGAUUUCCAACCUGAAAAACACUGUCAACUGCCUCAAGCGUCUUGCCGGCCGCUCCUUCAGCGACCCCGAUAUCCAGAUCGAGCAGCAAUAUGUUACCGCACCCCUUGUGGACAUCAACGGCCAGGUCGGCGCUGAGGUCAACUAUCUCGGCAACAGCGAGAAGUUCACCGCAACACAGCUUGUUGCCAUGUACUUGAGCAAGAUCAAGCAGACUACCGCCAGCGAGAUGAAGCUUCCCGUCAACGAUAUCUGCCUGAGCGUCCCCGCUUGGUUCACAGACUCUCAGCGUAGAGCGCUGCUGGAUGCUGCCGAGAUUGCUGGCCUCAAGGUUCUCCGACUCAUGAACGACACCACUGCCGCUGCUCUUGGCUGGGGUAUCACCAAGCUGGAUCUCCCUGCUGCGGAAGAGGCACCUCGACGGGUGUGCUUCAUUGACAUUGGUCACAGCAACUACACCUGCUCCAUCGUUGAGUUCAAAAAGGGCGAGCUGGCCGUCAAGGCUACUGCCUGGGAACGCAACUUUGGUGGCCGAGACUUCGACAAGGCUCUUGUGGACCACUUGGCGAAGGAGUUCAAGGGCAAAUACAAGGUUGACAUCUAUACCCAUGGCAGGGCUAUGGCUCGUACCAUUGCUGCCGCUGAGAAGACCAAGAAGAUUCUCUCUGCUAACCAGCAGGCUCCCGUCAACAUUGAGUCCUUGAUGAACGAUGUGGAUGCUUCAGCCAUGGUCACUCGACAAGAAUUUGAGGCCAUGGUUGAGCCUUUGCUCGCCCGUAUUCACGUGCCCCUUGAGCAGGCCCUUGCCCAGGCCAAGCUCACCAAAGAUGACAUUGACGUCAUCGAGAUUGUCGGUGGUGGUUCCCGAGUGCCCGCGCUCAAGGACCGCAUCCAGGCAUUCUUCGAGAAGCCUCUGUCCUACACCAUGAACGCCGAUGAGGCUGUUGCUCGAGGCUGUGCUUUCAGCUGUGCCAUCUUGUCUCCUGCUUUCCGAGUUCGUGACUUCACCGUCCAAGACAUCAUCAGCUACCCUAUCGAGUUCGGCUGGGAGAAGGCCCCUGAUAUUCCCGAUGAGGACACCAGCUUGACUGUGUUCAACAAGGGUGGAGUUCUGCCUUCGACCAAGAUCCUCACAUUCUAUCGAAAACAGCCGUUUGACCUGGAAGCUCGCUAUGCAAACACUGAAGAUCUUCCUGGAAAGACGAACCCUUGGAUCGGCCGCUUUUCUGUGAAGGGCGUUAAGGCUGAUGGCAAGGAAGACUUCAUGAUUUGCAAGCUCAAGGCCCGAGUCAACAUUCACGGCGUGUUGAAUGUGGAGAACGGUUACUACGUCGAGGACCAGGAAGUCGAGGAAGAGGUCAAGGACGAUGACAAGAAGGAGGAUGGCGACAAGAAGGAUGCCGAUGCUAUGGACACCGACGGCAAGACUCGCAAGGUGAAGAAGCAGGUUCGAAAGGGUGACUUGCCUAUCGCCAGUGGCACUUCAUCGCUUGAUGCCAGCUCAAAGACUGCCCUGACCGAGAAGGAAUCUGCCAUGGUCAUGGAGGAUAAGCUAGUUGCCGAUACAGAAGAGAAGAAGAAUGAGCUUGAGGCCUUCAUCUACGAUCUCCGAGCCAAGCUUGACGAGCAGUACGCCGAGCAUGGUAGUGAAGAGGAGAAGUCCGAGAUCAAAGCCAAGCUUGAGUCAACAGAGGACUGGCUUUACGACGAAGGCGAUGAUGCUUCAAAGGGCGUCUACGUCUCCAAGAUUGAGGAGAUUCGUGCUCUCGCUCUGCCCAUCAUCAACAGAUACCAGGAGAAAGUCGAGGCUGAGCGCCGUGCCGUCCAGGAGCGAGUCGAGGCUGAGCAGGCUGCCAAAAGAGCCGCUGAGGAAGAGACUCGCAAGGCUGCUGAGGCCGAGAAGGCAGCCCAGAGCGGAUCAGACCAGGAAAUGAAGGAUGCUGAUGCUCCCCAGACCGAAUCUGAGGAGACUGGCGACCCUAAAUAA